AGAUUUAGAUGAAAAAUUCCAACUGGAACCGGUUUCUACAGAUUUAGCUGUCAGUAAACGUCUUGUGCUAACGUGCCUACCACCUGAAGGAGAUCCUAAUCCUGAAGUUUAUUGGUUAAAAGAUGGAAAGCGUGUUGACACUAAAUCGUUUCCACAUAUUGUAAUUAAUGACUAUAAUCACUUGAUCAUAGAAAAUACAACAACUGCAGAUAGUGGAAAUUAUACAUGUGUAGCAGCCUGUCUAAAUGGUGAGAAAAGACGUGCAGUUGCUCGAGUCAAUAUUUUCCCCUACAAUUCUGCCAUGAAUCGACCGGUAGGUGGUGAUUUGACUAACUGGGGUGAGUGGGGAACAUGCUAUAAAGUCAUAGCAGAAGGAAGCAAUGCUCGAACAGUUUGUCAACAAACCCGUCAUCGUAUAUGUGCCAAUCAAAUAACACCAAAAAAUGAAUUUAAAUCAAUGGAUAUGAGUAAUCUAAUAACAGAUCAGUGUCCUUUGCCUUUAUUCCAGACAAGAAAUUGCUCUUCCAGUCAGUGUAUCAAUUCCAUGAAUAACGUCGUUCUCAAGGGAAUUCACCUUUCAGAUAUAAAAUCACCUACUACAUUAAAAAUAUCAAGUUCACAAAUGUUUAAAACUGGAGAAAUCGCAAUUUAUGUUGGUUUAUUUUUGUCCUUAGCCGUGCUAUUAGCAGUUAUUGCUCUAAUAACUAGGCGAAAAAGUUUGAAAUUUUCUACUGCUCGGGCGAUUCGUUAUUCUGCUUGUCUUCAUAGUAAACGUUCAUGUCGACAAGAGAUAGUUAAUAAAAAAGCCCAAGACCUGUUAUUACCCGGUGACAUGUCACAAACUAUGAUUACAAUAAUGAAUCCAAGUGUGGCCGAUACACAUAAUCAGGAAAUGAACAGAAUGAAACCAAGUUAUAAUAGUAACAAUAUAAAUAGUAAAACGUUCGGAGUAAAUGUAAUAAACGGUGCAAUUAAUGGUGUACUAUUUCAACACCAAUUCAACACUACUCCAAUCAACAAUAUUCCUCUAAGUACAGCUGGACAGAGUUUGGUCUUUUCCAAUGGAACAUCUUUGGGGACAGCGACGUCAAUUUUAGCAAACUUACCACCACCACCUGCUCCACCACCUCCACCUCCGACUCCACCACCACCACUACCUCUAUCCUUACCACCGAUUCCAACUACAUCAAUCAAUUUCGACAGUAGUCACGGAGCAUCAGAUAUUUCCGGUUAUACUGGAUUUCCGAGUACCUUGCCAAGUACACAACAUUUUAUGAAUCUGGCAUCUUGUCAAAUAAAUGGAUAUUUGACCUCUGACCCAUAUUUACAAACAAAUAUCGAGUUUAAUAACCAAGUGGUGAAUUCAGGAACUGAACCUACGUAUGUUGAAUCGGAAGUUGGGCUAUCCAGAAUAGGUUGUGGACCACACUUCUCAGCACCUUUAGCUGUUAGCAAUUUAGGUGGUCCAAUCGAGAGUUCUUCUGGUCCUUCUACAGCAAACACAGGUACAACUGUUACUGCAAUUGGAUCUUGUAAUGGAGGAAGCAGUAAUGGAUCAGCAGGAUUGCCUUUAAAUAGAUGUCUAACAAAUAAAAGUCCUAAUAACUAUAACAUCAAUUUUUUAAACGUGGAAAUCGAUGAGUGCAACGAGAAAUGUGAACCAGAAUCUGGGCUAUACCAUGAAUUAUCUUUAGACGCAGUUUCAUCUGAUCGAUCAAUUUUAUGUGAAUUUAAUGAUCCUCUAGAAUUGGAUACGACUAUUCGUAAAACUAUAUCAUGCGAUGGUGACCAACUAGCUUUGCCACGAUCAGGUGUUUUCUUGACCAUACCACAAGGUGCACUACAAUCGAAUUCACUCGUUGAAGUUUAUCUGGCAGUAUGUAGAGAAGAUAAACAUCGUCCUACAUUAGGUGAUCAUCAAACGUUACUAAGUCCCGUUAUUCAAUUCGGACCAGUGGGCUUAAAUCUGUUAAAACCUGUACUCUUAUCGUUUCCUCAUUGUGCUGAAUUAAAUCAAAGUAAUUGGUUAAUACGAGUCUUGGCAUUAGGACCGAAUUUGAAUCGUUCACCUAACAAUCUGAAUACAUCAAAUAUAAACGGAUAUAAAUCCAACUACAGUGCAUUACAUACAAAUUUUGAUAAUUUUAUAUGGCAGGAAGUGGGAAUAAUUGGUUAUGAAUCAAAUGUUACUAAAUUCAUUUGUCACCUUGAUUCAAAUAUGGCACAUAUGAUGACUGAUGUUGCACGGCGUUAUUGUCUAGUUGGUGAAACACAGAAACUUCUGGGCGGUAAUCGUUUAAUAUCAAACCAUAAAAAUUUAAAUCAUACAGAAUUCCAAAAUUUUCCCAAUGGCAUAAAUACGAAUGGCUUGCAAAAUAUAAAUAUCACAAACUUUACUAAUAACAAUAACACUAUGACAGAUAGUACACAGGAUAGUGGAUUAUUAUCUGACAUUCAGCCUGCAACAAAAAUUUUGAAAUUAGCUGCAUUUUCCGGACCACUAACACCAACAAUUGACUAUAAUAUAAGAGUUUAUGUGCUAACAGAUACUAAAGAUGCAUUGGAACAUGUUUUAUACGUCGAGAAACGAUUAGAAGGAAGACUGUUAGAUGAUCCAAAGUCAUUAUUAUUCAAAGACAAUGGUGGAGGGUUGUGUUUUUACAUUGAAGAUAUUUCUCCUGGAUGGAGAAGCCGAUUACAAACUAAAUCACAGGAAAUACCAUUCCGGCAUAUCUGGAAUGGUACACAAAUGUCUACGCUGCAUUGUGCAUUUUCACUUGAACAUUUGGAUUCACGACAGCUUAAUGUGUCGUGCAAAAUUAAAGUUUAUCAAGAGAAUUCCCAAUUACAAGAGCAAAUUUUAAAAAUUUCAAACCAAAGAUUUGAGCUGAAAACCGAACAUUCAAGAACAAGAUUCUUCAGUUCCGAAGACCGUAGUUCAGAUAUCCGCUGUUUCCCUAGUUCGUAUCGACUUCCUGUAGUGACUACUCAAAGACUGUGUAAACUGUUGGAUACUAAAGAAGGUGAAUGGCAAAAACUAGCAAAACAUAUGGGAAUGGAGAGGUAUAUAUUUUAUUUGAAAUCACAGCCAAGUCCAACAACAGUUCUUUUAAAUAUGUGGGAAGCUUGUAAUCGUAAUGAACCAAGUGUGAAUGAAUUAAAAACUAUAUUCACCGCCAUGGAUCGAGCAGAUUGCGCAAAUCUAUUAGACUGAGAUAUAAAUAAACAAAACAGUCAUCCUUAAUUUCAAAAAAUAUAUAAAUUGGAAUAGAAAUAUAUAUAUAAUCACAAAUACAUACAUACAACAAAUAGAUACAUUAACUUGAGGAGAUGAUACAUUUCCAAAAUACAUAUCUUUAAUUAUGAUUUUAUUAACUCCGGAGUCCUAGUGCAUUUAGAAAUAGUAAUGGGCUGCGUUCUAAUGUAUUACCUGGUACACAGUUAACAUAAUUUCCUGCAUCAAACAAAUAUAUAAUACAAGUAAUAUGAGUAACUUUUGCUAAAUUUCAGCAAGCUGCUGACAAGUCUUUCUUUAUAUCCAAUGUUUACCGUAAACGAUUAAUUUCUACACUGAUUAGUACUGCCUAUGGGUUGUUCAUAACCGGUAAUAAAUUGGAAAUACCAAAAUAUACAUCAAAAGUAAUUCAAUCGAAAAAAAAUUAACAUCCAGAUAUACCAUACUAUAAAAUGGAGACUCAGUGUUCAAUCACUGACAAAUUGAAGAAAUUGCAUUUAAUUUUCACAACGAAUUGUGAUGUUGAAUAAAAGCAUAAAUAAUCAUACAAGUAUUCGGAUCGGAAAAAAUUCAGCAAUCUCCUUGUAUUAAUACACGAAACAUUUUUUCAGCUCAAUUAAGCACCGAGUUAUAUUUUGCCAUGUAUGCCCUUUUAAUUGCCCUCUUGUAAGUGGUUGCUUAUAUAAUAUUUAUGAUUUGUACAGAAAACAGUUUUGAAGUAAAGAAAUCAUCAUGAACGCAUCAAUUGUGAAUAAACGAGAAUUUAU